AUGGCUCCCAAUCAUCAGCAACCGCUUGACAUCUAUGAGCAAAUCCAGAAGCAUAGACAGUACAAGCAGAGAAUCUUGUCUUCUUACCAGCGUCUGCAUAGAGAGAUCUAUACUCUUGACCCUGCUAGUUUCUUCGUGCCUUCGUUUCUUAAAGCUGUUACUCCGGUGUCGGAGGAGAAUUUAAAAAGCAUAAUGGUUGAAGCUGCUCCUGGGAUUUACACUUUUCAAAUGCUCCAGCCAAAGUUUUGUCAGAUGUUACGAGAAGAGGUUUUUUGUAUGGAGAAAUGGGCCUACGAUUCAAAACUUCCUUUAACGAGACCCAGUAUGAUGCACGAGUCUGGUGUUCUUCUUGAUGAUUUUGGCUUUGGAAGCAUGCUCCAGAAGUUGCUUCAGGACUUCAUAAGUCCUAUAUCUGAAGUUCUGUUCCCGGAAGUCUGUGGAUCCGGUUUAGAUUCUUAUUAUGGCUAUGUUGUUGAGUAUGGAGGAAUUAAACAAACUGGUGGUGAGGUCCAUAUGGAUGACUCAGAGGUUACUUUGAAUGUCUGCUUGGGUCAACAAUUUUCUGGUGGAGAGCUGUUAUUUGGAGGUGUGAGAUGUUUUAACCAUGUGCGUUCACAAAUUGGUAAAGAGGAACGUUAUGUUUACCCUCACGUACCUGGUCAAGCCGUUCUUCAUCAUGGAUGUAACCGCCAUGGUGCUUAUGCUGUAACUGAUGGAAUACGAUCCAACUUGAUUAUGUGGUGUAGAAGCUCAUCUUUUCGAGCAGCUAAUCGUUCUCGAAAAGAAUUCCCAAGCUGGUGCGGGAUAUGCAGAGUUAAUAGACGCGAUAGCAAGCUACCAAAGCUUAAUUAA